ACGGUCUAAAGUUAUACUGUUACACUAGCACAGCAGACGGGAGGCUAUGGCAUCACACUGCUUGCUAGUGAGCGACACAGUGUUGCUGCAGCCAGCUGGCAGGGGCAAAGGACACAUUAUUGUACAUUAAUGCCACCAACUAUUCUGGAGCACUCCCGCCUGUCUUAACUUAAAAAUGUACCAUGUAAGUGUAAAGAUAUGCAGGAACGCCCCGAAAUAUGGUCCGCAAGUACACCCGUCGCACAUUAUUUGUGGUGGUGUUGAUUGCUCCGCCCCGUUGGGUAGUUUUAGCUGAGCAGAAACUGUGCAACUUGAUCUCAAGCCUAGUGAAGAACCAUGGGGGGGUUCACUCCUGCCUCUAGCCAUGCGUGUGAAAGAGUUCCCAGUCACUGAGUGCGCCGAGGAUACGAGCUAGAGAGAAGAGGAUCACAGAGAGACAGCUGCUAUAUAGAGAAGAUCAAGAAGCAAUGGGAGUUUGAUAAUAAAUUAAGUGACAAUCGUAGGCUACCGAAACAGUGUUUUGUAUGGUCGUUUUCUAAUUAUUGUUUAAGGUCGUUUGAGAUGCAAGCAAUGGAUCCAAUAACGAAGUGGACACCAAAGCAAGUUGUCGACUGGAUGAAAGGCUUGGAUGACAGCCUGCAGCAGUAUGUGCCUAACUUUGAGCGGGAGAAGAUCAGCGGGGAGCAGCUCCUGAAGAUCUCCCAUCAGGACCUGGAGGAGCUGGGUGUGGCCCGCAUUGGACACCAGGAGCUGGUGCUGGAGUCCGUCGACCUGCUCUGUGCUCUGAACUACGGAGUGGAGACCGACAACCUAAAGGAUCUGGUGGUGAGGAUGAGAGCGGCCACCAACGGCCUGCACAUGUCCACGUCAGACCACAGGAAGAGCCCGACGUACGAUGGCAGCACUUCCCGGAAACCUCCCAAUAACUUCCUAACCUCUGUAGUGGAGCUCAUCGGAGCAGCCAAGAGCCUCCUGGCCUGGCUGGACAGUACGCCCCUGACUGGGAUCAGUGACUUCACCACCACCAAGAAUAAGAUCAUUCAGCUGUGUCUGGACCUCACCACCACAGUUCAACAGGACUGCACUGUUUACGAGAUGGAGGAAAAGAUCCUGGAUGUUUCCAAGGUUCUGAACAGCAUCUGUGACCAGACCAUGAGAACAACCUCUGACCCUCUGAUGAGCCAAUCAGCAUGCUUGGAUGAAGUUCAGCUCAACAACAUCAAGCCUGGGGAGGGACUGGGUAUGUACAUCAAAUCCACCUAUGAUGGACUUCAUGUCAUCACGGGAACCACAGAGCAUUCCCCGGCAGACAUGACCAGGAAGAUCCAUGGGGGUGAUGAGGUGAUCCAGGUCAACCAGCAGACAGUGGUGGGCUGGCAGCUGAAGAACCUGGUGGGGAAGCUGAGAGAGGACCCUAAAGGUGUAGUCCUGCUGCUGAAGAAGAGACCUACAGGCACCUGCGGGUUCACACCUGCCCCUCUCAAGAACAUGCGCUGGAAACCGCCCAUGGCGCAGAGCACCCCUUCCCUGAACAAAACCCAGUCUCCAGGCUGUUCCACAGACAGCUCCACCAAGGAGAAACCAGCCAUCCUAGACCUGUACAUUCCCCCUCCCCCCUCUGUACCCUACACCCCACGAUGUGUACCCCUAGAGGGUAAGAUCAGCUCGUACUCGAGCAUCAGUAAGAUCAGCUCGUACUCGAGCAUCAGUAAGAUCAGACCAAAGGGUUCAGAGUCGCCCAACUCCUUCCUGGACCUGGAGAGUCGAAAACGCUUCACCAUCGCAGACUACGAGAAGAUGGGCGUGGCCUACCCCAUCGAGGCCAAUGUAAUUCAGCCCAGGAUGAGGGAACGCAUCAACUCGUCUCGUGGUAAGCCCCGCCCCCUCUCCAUGCCAGUGGACACCUGUCUUGGAGUGGCAGACACCUAUGCUAAGCCCUGGACACAAGGCCGGAAAGGCGAGGAUCUCCUGUACAGAUACCUGAGCAACGAGCGGAUCCCCACCAUUGCUGAGGAGGUCCCAUCAGUGGCGCCGCCGUACAGGCCAGUGGGGGAAAAGCAGCUGGUCCGAGGGGUGGACCACAUCCGGGGCAGCCGCUACUAUGCCAACCAGGACCUCCACAACAGCGCCACCAUCCCCUACCAGGACCAUGACCUGGGCAGCAAAAAGACCCCCGUAGCCCCCGCCUCCAAACGCCCCCCUGCAGAGCCCUCGCUACUGGUGUCCGACUGGUGCUCCAGCAGUGGCUUCCUCAACAGAUACAGCCAACCUCAUAUUCGAACCUGGUCCUUCUCUCAAGCGGCUGCCUUCCCUAUAUCUCUGGCUCCCUCCAUGGCAGGUGAUGACUACAACCCUGUUUCCCUGAGACAGAAACCCAAGAGGAAGACUCGAGGAGGCAAUGUGGCAAUGAGCAGACGGAGGGUCUCGGUUAAAGAGCUGGGGGAGUCAGACUACCAGGGCUGGCUCUACAGGAAGAAAGAAGGAAAGGCCUUCCUGGGUUUCAAAUGGAAAAAGUACUGGUUUGUGCUGAAGAAGACUUCCCUGUACUGGUACACUACUCAACUGGCAGAGAAAGCAGAGGGAUACAUUAACCUGACUGACUUCAUCAUCGACAGAGCCUUGGAGUGCAAGAAAAAAUAUGCCAUCAAAGCAUGUCACCCGCAAGUCAUGAUGUUUUAUUUUGCAGCUGAUACCUACGAGGAGAUGAACGUUUGGUUGAAUAAGCUUGGGCUUGCUUCAAUACAAUACGUACCAACAGAGAGCAACACUGCUGAGUGCUACAGUGAGGAAAGUGAUCACGAGGAGGCUGAGACGACAGAGGCUCCCCCUCCCCCAUACUCUGAGCAGAUGAACCAGGGCUCUGUGGAUGGUCCACCUGGCAGUGGACAUCAGGGUACCCUCCCUCCCCCCUACUCCUCUCCCCUUCCCAGUGAGACCAAUGGCUCCUUCUCUUCACCUGUCAGCACAAUGACAUCACAGAGUUCCGUGUCCUCACUGGCCAAGCAUCGUCAGUCCUGGCUGGACCUGGUCUCGCAGGCCUCUCCUGUUGUCGGGGAAACGGUGGUGUGCUCUGUGCAGGUCCACACACAUCGGCCCCCACAUAAUCAAGAGAACGAGGGGCCCCUACAGCACCACCAGGAGGCUUCAUCCUACCAGGACCCUCCAGGCAGCACAGCCAGGGAGGAGGACUUUAACCCCAGGGAGCAGAUAGAGGAGGUGGCUGUGCUAGGAAUAGGGACAGAAAAUGUGAACCAUGAAGCCACAUCUGAUGAGAUGGAGAGACUGUACAUCCACAUCAAGCAGGCCAACCUCUCUCCCAUAGGAGACCGCAAACCAUCCACCAAGAGGGACUUCAGAGCCUCCUUUAUAAAGAGAUGUAAAAACCAGGACGUUAACGAGAAACUGCACCUCAUCAGGACCCUCAACAGCACGCUAAAGGCAAAGGAGGCAGACCUGUUGACCAUUGAGCAGGUGCUGUCAGAACCCACCCCCUCCAGAUUCAGGGAAUGGAAAAAAGUCAACACGCCUCUGCUCCAGGAGAUCUGUCUCAAGCAUGGACACCAGGUGGCAGCAGAAGUAGAGCCCUCCGCAGCAGCAGCCAAUGCCAUUGCUGUCCCCUUUGUAGAGACCAGUUUAUAAUGGAGUAGGAUGAAGUUGCCCCUAAACACUGAUCUAAGGUCAGUGUUGAGUUUACCCCACUAAUGCUUAUGGUUAAGAUUUGGGAUGGAUGAGCAGAUUGCGUUCAUGUGCCUAUGGGUAACUUUUACUCAGAAUGUUUAUAAGACUCACUGCCGUUAAUGUCUACCCAUAACCCAGUAGCACUAAGAGUUGUUCACAGGCAGCCUGGUCUCAUAGUAAACAUAAAUCCAGGAUGCUGAAAUUAGCAUGAUAUGUUACGUUUGGUUGCAUAAGAUAGAAGAUUACUUAAGACAAAAAAACAAAGAGGGUGGUUUGUCGGGUGGAUCAUGGAAGAGUGGGUGUAUAACGUGAACGUCUAACAACCCAAAGGUUGCGUCUUCAAAUCACACCAAAGGCAACUUUUGCAUUUUAGCUAAUUAGUAACUUUAACUACUUGCUACUUUGCAACUACUAAACAUGUUAGCUAACCCUUUAACUUAACUCCUAAUCUUAACCCUUAACCGUUUACUAUUACUUCUACCACCAUGUCCAGGUUGACACAGGCCGCAUUUUUAUCUAACUACAUAUGAUUGGAAGCAGCUCAUGUGUUGACUCUCCACUAAGUGGAAUCAUAAGAGGAAAGUGUAUUUUUUAAAGUUGGAGUUGAUGCAAACAUUGUAUUGUUGAUUGGAUGACAUUAUAUGGUUUUAUAUUGUUUAUGUUGUCAUUUAUCUUUUUAGGUUUAGAGAUGUAACAAUUUACGUUUUCGUCUGUUGUGAUAUGUACAGUGUUUGCUUGCAUUUGUGUUAUCUCAAGUAGUGAGUGAUGGAACAUUGGGUAGAUGUGUCCAUCUCUGAAAGCUAAUUUCCACAAGUGUUUGUUAUUUUGCAACAUGUUCGGUUGCCUAUAGGACAAGGUUUUAUUUUCUAAUAGUUUUACAAACAGUUCAACAGACUUGCACUGCCUUGAAAUGUACAGUAUGUAAGCUUUUGAUACAAACUUCUGUGACUGUUAUCUUGGUUAUAUUUUGAUCAUGAUAUCUUUGUGAUUUUCCUAGAGACAUUUGAUCAUUCAACAUUGCUGUAUGUGAUAGCUGUUACAUUCAGGUCCUGAUACUUUCAUGGAGACGUUGUUAUGUAAGCAUUCCAUUUUGUGCCAGCAACAAUGAAUCCUGAAUUGUAAUUUAUAUGAUUUAGCUGUGGAACAUAUUUUGUUGUUUUAGCAUUGUAAAUAAAGUCAUUGUACAUAGGUA